AUGGCCAACGAAGGACGCAUCGCCACUCUGGAUUCAACCAUCGCCGAUAGGCUUCCAGCCUUCUCCAAGACUCUCUUUGACGGAAAGGCCGCCAAGGACCUGAGCUUUGAGGCAAUUGCAAAGCACCUAGGCCGUAGCGAAGUUGCAGUGGCAGCAUUGUUCUACGGACAGGCCACCGCGUCGCCUGAGGAUGUUGAGAAGCUAUCGGAGAUCCUUGGUCUUCCAAAGGAGACGUUGGCUGCGCAACUAACGGGCUUCCCUAACCGUGGCCAGGCUGGGCCCAUGCCUCCCACUGAGCCUCUCAUCUACCGACUGUACGAGAUUGUUCAGAACUAUGGAUAUGCUUACAAGGCUAUUCUAAAUGAGAAGUUUGGAGAUGGCAUAAUGAGUGCUAUUUGCUUCUCGACUACCGUGGAUAAGGAGGUGGAUGAGGCAGGCUCACCAUGGGUCGUUAUCACAUUGAAGGGCAAAUGGCUUCCCUUUAGUCGUUUCUAA